AUGGCUCCUCGGCCCGAUUUCGCCCUUCAAAGAGGAGGGGCGGGGCCUAAUCGUGGCUCUGAUGCUUCCAAAAAGAGUACGGUUCUCGCUGUGCCAGCAUUCAUAGAUCCAACUGCGGUGGAUGACGAUGAGGAUAGAAAACAUGUUUACAAACCAUCUACCAUCGAAAAGAUUAUCAAUAUAGCGUUAUGCAGGUGGGUCAGAGCGCAGACAACUAGAGAAUAAAU